CCUCCCUUUACCAACAUGGCUGCUCCCUCGGAGCACGAUGUGUCCGGACCAGUUGUUGUCAGUGCUAACAGUAACAGGAAGGUUUUCGGUGGCGGAAAAGGUACUGCUAGGCGUGUAGCUCACCAGAUACCAGAAGAAAUACUGAAUGAUCCGAAAAUUCAAGCUGCAGUGAAAACAUUGCCUUCUAACUACAACUUUGAGAUCUACAAGACAGUUUGGAAGAUUCGCUUCUCUGGCGCCAAGAGAGUUGCUCUGCAGUUCCCAGAAGGGCUGCUGCUGUUUGCCUGUACGGUAGCAGACAUCAUUGAACAGUUUACAGAAGCCGACACGCUGAUCAUGGGCGACGUGACGUAUGGUGCGUGUUGUGUUGAUGACUUCACUGCCAAGGCCCUGGGGGCAGAUCUCAUGGUGCACUACGGUCACAGCUGUCUCGUACCAAUAGACCGCACAGAAGGGAUACAGAUGCUAUAUGUGUUUGUGGACAUCAAGAUCGACACGCUUCACUUCCUGGAGACAGUGCGGUACAACUUCCAGGCUGGCGCCAAACUGGCGCUGGUCAGUACCAUACAGUUCGUGGCUGCCCUGCAGGGAGCCAGUCAGGAUCUGAAGUCAGAUUACCAGGUGACCAUUCCACAAGCCAAACCCUUGUCACCAGGGGAGAUCCUCGGCUGCACAUCGCCACGGCUACAAGACAUCGAUUCCAUCAUCUACCUGGGAGAUGGCCGAUUCCACUUGGAGUCCAUCAUGAUUUCCAACCCCGAGAUACCUGCGUACAGGUAUGACCCAUAUGAUAAGAAGUUUACACGGGAGUACUAUGACACUCCCAGAAUGCAUCAGGUCAGACAGGAAGCUAUUGCCCGUGCAGCACGAGCAAGGAAGAUCGGAGUUGUGCUCGGCACCCUGGGAAGGCAAGGGUCGCCCAAGAUUUUGGAGCAUAUCCAGGAGAAGAUCCAGACAUCAGGCAGACACUUCAUCACGGUGCUGCUGUCGGAGCUCUACCCAGACAAACUGAAGCUGUUCCACGAUGUUGAUGCCUGGGUGCAGGUGGCCUGUCCGAGACUCUCCAUAGACUGGGGAGCUUUCUUUGACAAACCGGUUCUCUCUCCAUACGAGAUGUCCGUAGCGAUGAAGUCGGUUCAGUGGCAGGAAGUGUAUCCGAUGGAUUUCUACGCCAAUGACAGUCUGGGUGCCUGGACGGUCAACAACGAGGCCAACAGACCGCCGCGCCCCCGGCGAGGGAGACCAGCUGGGAAGGAUGUGUUGACCUCAGGCCAGGGGACGAAGGCGGUGGCAUCCCAGGACACUAAAACAGAGAAGAGCUCAGGGACUGGGGCCAAAGAGUGCCCCGGGGCGGGGACUGGGGCGUGCAGGGGGGUGGGGUCAGGAGGAUGUGGAGAGCCAGGGUCAAGGACAUGCAUGGUGCAAGAUGUGACUGUUUCUUCAGAAAAGACAUUGAAAGACCUCACAAACUGUGAGUGCAAGUCAUGAUGAGGCUAGAAAUUUGCGGUUCAACCUCACAUGUACAUAUAGUGUACAGAUGUACAUAUAGUGUACAGUUGACAUAUAGUGAGUGUACAGAUGUAAAUAUAGUGUACCGAAGAUGGGAAUUGAUUCAAGCCUGGUUGUUGUGAGAGGGUAUACCCAGGUUGGAAUUGAAGCUGUUCACUGUUAGCCCAAAGAGGCCCUGUUUGUGUUCUUUAUAAGGGAUAAAUAAUCUGCAUUUGA